UUUAAACGCUAAGUUGACGUACUCACAGCUGUCUUUCAAAGAAAUUUCAAAUUAAAAAGACGAUGUAAAUGAUGCAUGAUGUAAUUAUUUCAUUGCUUUUGGCUAUCGUGACGGCUUCGCAGCAAUCCUUUACCUUGGAAAUCGGAUCCAUGCAACUUUACUGCCCACUGAUACCAUACUCGUACGCCCAUCUCGAGCUGCUUUGCAAAGGAGUCUAUAGCGCUGACCUGUAUUUGAAAUACAAGGACGGGCUCACUUCAGUAGAUGCGCCUUACAAGAUCUUCUACUACAACCAGGAUGGGUAUUAUGUCCUCUUCGUGAGCUUGAACGACUCUCCAGUGCAAAGGUGUAACAGCACGAUCCAGCUGGACGAUGAGCUCCACUUCUUUUGUGGAGUCAGUAGAUCGCCCUUGAUAGUGUUGGGCAGCCAAUUCUUCUGCCACAAGGACCUAAUGAGCUACGUGGAUGACUUGUUGUACGCGUGCACCAAGCCAGGGGAUCUGCGCUUUUUCAAUGUUGAGUGGAAGGGAGUGGCCACAAUCCAUUAUGCUGCCAAAUCGGAGUCGAAGAACGGGUCUGCUUCGGGAAUCCUUGGUUUUGAAACCUGGCUUGUCUGCCUAGUCUUGCUUCAAAUAUUUAAGCUGCUGUCAUUCAAUAGGUUCGAAAUUCACGUAAGCUACCAGUUUGAAGCAAAAUGCGGCUGUGCUCCAUGUUCGUGCUCCUCUACAUAGUUCCUAAGCUGGAGAGUGCCAAGGGCGGCUGCGACUCUACGGAAGUGCUGGGAAUGGAAGGAUCCCCAGCUCCACUGACCACGCAAUCUUCUAUCUGCCAAGGACG